UCGAGCCAGGUGCCACGCGAAGAACAUUCGGUCAUCUCGGCAUUAUUUGACGAGCCGGCGCUUGACAGGCAAAGCUGCCGAGUUCUACGUGCCUCAAAUGGCGCUUCGCAUCUUCGCCGGCUUCUGCGUUUUCGGCGUGGGUUGGUACGCGGUGGACAAAGUGGCGCCCGGAUGGCUUCCGCAAAUCGGUGUCGCCAGCAAAAUCCCAAUAACCGUCUGCAGUUCAGGGGCCUCUGCCAUCGCGGACAGGGAAGGGAAGGACACAAAGGACACCGCCAUCGAGGGUGCCGGCACUGGUGAACCCGGCUCAGCGACUCAAGGCCACGAGGCACCCGCCGGUGAUCUUGGAGCGGGAUCUUUCGACUACAUUGAUGUCAUCGCCGUGGCAGUGCGCGCUUGGUUAAGGGCAGUAGCUAUUCUGCCAGGGCACAUGUUCGACGCACUGGUCUCCAUUGACUUGGAACGUCAUCUCCGAGCCACCCUGACAGCUGUGAAAGACGUGGAAUGGGUAUCAGACGUUGGCUUCUACAAGGCAUGCCUCCUGCUGGCGUCCAUACCGUGCUUCGUCAUUGCAGCGUGGUGUUGUAAAAGGGGCUCUAAAGAUACCCCAAGCGACGCCGACACAUCGCCGGGGAACUCCAGCCAAGCCACGGCUGUCGGCUGGAAAUCCAAGUUCAGCAUGUCCGAUAUGGCGCAUCAAAACAUUCACAGUUAUCGCCAUGAAGGUGGCUACAUCUACCCGGGAGGAUUAGAAGCCACCCAGUUGUCGAGGGAAGAUGCGGCGGCGGCGGUGAUUCAGCGCUGGGCGCGCACCGAGUUCAAGCGCUGGCGUCUACAGCGCACGUCAUCUCGGUCCAGCAUCGACACUCCGCCGCCGAACAGCCAGCGCUGGAUCGACCGAGACUACGGCGCCGUGUUCAGCACGGUGCUCGAAGAUGCCAGUGUGAGCGCCGACGCUCUGGGACCUCCAGGAGGCGAGCGUCGCUCCGAGAAACGCCCCUCGGAAAGGAAAUCCGAGGGCACCGAUGACGCAGAAACGCGUCCAGAUAUUCGCUGCCGAAAGGGGCUCUCGCUUUCUUCCGCUAAGUUGUCCAAGGCUGUGCUGAGGCUGAAGUCGCCCGAAGUCAAGCGCUCUUUAAACCUCCGGGCAACCGCGCCACCUUGAACAUAGUGGCCUCACGGUAUAGAGCUUUUACGUGUUUUAGCUAUUGGAUAAAGGGGCCUCCCGCACAUCACAUCAAUAUUCUGAGAACAAAAACGUGCCUUGUCAGU